AUGUUAGCUGUCGUCUCGUUAAAACGAUCAUUAGAUUUUGAUCCCAUAGAACAGGGUCAAAAACGUAAACGAUGUGAAAAAUUUGGUUCGUCCUCACCGCCGUUAAUGACAACUUCAACAUCAUUUUCAUUUAAUACAAUGACCAGCUCAAAUAAUUCGAAUGAAUUCAAUGGUGCUAAAAUGUUGACAAAUACUUCACAACAAAAUGUUGUUUCGAAACUAUUUCCAUCUUCAAGUUCUCCAUCCUCAUCCAUUGCUCAACACAAACAACAAUCAAAGAAAACCCAUAAAAAUAUGUUUAAUUCUUGUUCGCUUUCAUCAACAACUCCAUUUUCAACAGAUAUCACGCAAACAAACGAUCUUCCAAUAUUCACGAUAAGUCAAACAGCAACUAUGAUAUCACGAAUGUUAAAUGAUAAUGAAAAAUUAUUGAAAGAACAGUAUGAAAAAUUAUUAAACAUCAAAUUAAACGAGCAAUAUGAUCAAUUUGUUCGUUUUACUCAUAAUGAAAUUGAUAAACAAAGUCAUAAUCCGUUUCAACAACAACAACAACAACAACAGCAGCAAGCAUUUUCCUAUGUAUCAUAA